UUCAUUUCCGUCCACUUAUCAAUUGCUCUCUCUCUCUCAGUGAAAUUGAAUCAUGGGUUUCGUUUAUCUUGCCAUCAAGAUACCGAAGGCUAUUACCAUCGCAUUCUUCGUGAACUUAGUAAACCAUCUGAAAUUCAUGGUUAUAGGGGCACUCACUCAUCUGGGUCUGUACAAACCACCACCAGAAGAAGAGAAUUCCAGGGAUAAUUGGAACAAUUAUAUUCUGAUAUUAGAUGGGCCAUCUCCAUCUUUAGUCCCAAUCCCAGUCCACGUCGUAACAGAAGCCAUCAGGAAGAGAGUCCCAGUAGUCCAUUACGGCGAUUUCCUCGAAAGAUUUGGAGCAAAGGAAGCUGGAGGAAAGGUAUGCACAAUCUGCUUGGAUUGGAUAGAGAAGAGGCAUGAGAUUAGGGAGCUUUCCAACUGUAGCCAUGUUUUCCAUAGAGAGUGCCUUGAUACUUGGGUAGAUGAGGGUCAGGUCACUUGCCCUUUGUGCAGAUCUAUGCUGCUUUCGCCUAAGAAAAUUUUGGCUAGGUGUGGUGGUGGAGGAGGAGAUCCAACAGGGGCUUCGGAAAGGAAUAACAAUUUGAUUGGUGAAGGCCAUUCCAGCCGUGCAAGUUGA